AUGUCAGAAGUUUACGCUACUAAAGAAGAGAUCAAGAGUAUAUUUGCAAACUUACAGAAAGAUCCUACAAACAAAGUAUGCUUUGAUUGUGAUGCUAAGAAUCCAACUUGGACAUCUGUUCCUUUUGGUAUCAUGUUAUGUCUUGAAUGUUCAGCUGUUCAUAGAAAUUUAGGUGUUCAUAUCACUUUCGUUAAAUCUUCAAAUUUAGAUAAAUGGACUCAAAAACAACUCAGAAGAUUUAAAUUAGGUGGCAAUCAAAAAGCAAGAGAAUAUUUUCUCAAGAAUGGUGGUUCAAGAUAUUUAACAAAACCAAGUGAUUCAAAUGCUAAAUAUAAUUCUAAAAUCGCUUUGAAUUAUAAAACUCAUUUAGAUCAUAAAGUUUCUAAAGAUGAAGCUUCAUAUCCAGAUUCUGUUAAUUUGGAAAAUAUUGAUUCAACUUCUUCUUCAAGUUCUUUAGGAAAUUCACAAUCAAAUAGUACUGAUGAUUUCUUUGCCAAUUGGGAGAAAAAACCAUUAAAUCAAACACCAUCACCUUCAAUUUCAAGACCUUUAACCCCAAAUCAAACAUCAUCAUUAUCAGUUAAUAAUGGAUCAAAUGCAAGUUUAUCUUCAAAUCAACCUAGAAAAUCAUCUUCAACAAUCUUGAGAAAAUCAACUUCAUCAUCAACACAGAAAAAAGGUAGUAUAUUAUCAGGUCCAAGAAAAACUAAAUUAGGUGCUAAAAAAAUCGUUGCUAAUGAUAUUGAUUUUGAUGCAGCUGAAAAAGAAGCAAAAAGAGAAGCUGAAGAAACUGCUAAAUUAGGUUAUAAUCCAAAUAAAGAUGAAGAUCAAACAGUUUCAACUAUAAAACCUAAAACAACUUCAAGUUAUAAUACAAAAGAACAACCAUUAUAUCAAGAAAAAAAUUCAAUUAAUAAAGAAACUACAUCAUCAACUAAAACAAAUUCAUCAGUUGAUAAAAUUACUCCAAGUUUUGCUAAAUUAGGUUUUGGUAUGACUGCAAAUGAUGCAGCAGAACAAGCAAGAAAGCAAAAAGUUGCAAAUCAACCAAAAUAUACAGGUGAAGUUGAAAAUAAAUAUGGUGGACAAAAAGCUAUAUCAUCAGAUCAAUUUUUCGGUAAAGGUUCAUAUGAUACAAAUGCUCAACAAGAAGCUCAUAAUAAAUUACAAGCUUUUAAUAAUUCACAAGCAAUCUCUUCAUCAAGUUAUUUUGGUGAAGAUGAAGAAAAUUCAAAUUCAAAUGGACCAAAUAGAGGUGCUGGAGGUGGUGAUUUUACAAAUUUUUCAGCUCAAACUAAUGAUGAUUUAGCUGUAUUGAAAGAUGCACUUGAACAAGGUGCUAAUAAAUUAGGUGGUUAUUUACGUGAUUAUUUGCGUAAUUGA